CAAACCCAUCGCUUUCACCGGGACUUCUCUCCCUCUUCACCUACCCACUAAACAUCAUUCUCCCGAGUCAGAUCUUCUGGUCUUUGUGCUUGGGUGCUUUUAUAUCAGCGUUCUGCUUUUCAACAUUCUCCGUUCUUGACUCGCUAGAAGCAUGGAAUCUCAGCCUGUGAACGGUUCGCCCAUGCCUGCUCGAGCCACGAUGCAAGACAUUCAAGCUCUCUUGAAUGGGGAAGCUCUCAAUCAUCUGGCGCCUGUUCCCGGGGGUCGAUGGCAGAUGUUGUCUCGUGUUAAUAACAUCAUCCUCGUUGCCUAUGUUUUGGAAGACGGUACCCAGGUUAUGACCACCACGGUCAAUCUGGCAUUUGAUGCUGAGACUGCUACGACCCUUUGUUGGCAGCACAUCUACAACUUCCCAGCAGGCUGUAACCCAGACGGAACUUGGGCAGACGAGAGUCCACAGGCGCCACCUGCUAUUAACUCAAAUGUGCAGAUGGCAACCUCGGCCCCAAUGAACCAGCAGGUGGACAACACUUGGACAGCCGGCCCCACGGUCCUCCAGGCUGGCGGCGCACCAGUCUUAGCCAUCCCUCAGCUCGAUGCUUCGUAUCAACCCAUCAACACCGUCCAGGGCCAACAGCAGCCUCACGAACAAGCCCAGGCACUCGUCGCACCAGGCUCGGGAGCGAUGGGUCCGUUUCAGCAUGCGCAGCCAAUCGACAUGGCUGGGGGUCAGCCCGGUGAUCUUUCUGCGUUCCAGGAUGGAAGCCAUACGAUCUUUGAUGCUGGACAGUUUGUCGCCCAGAACGGACCGAUCCAGAAUAUCCAUCAAUGGCAGCCCUUCCCGUAGAAAACAUUAUCGCUAUCAUUAAGGCUUCGCAGGAGGCCAACGUUUGUUCUUGGAACACAUUUGUGCUCGAUUGAAGCAAGCGACGAGACAACCUGCAAAGUUGUCAGAUUGACGUUGCGUCACCGAGAACGUCAGGGUUUUUUCUUCGGUUGUAGUAGGUGAUGUGGCUAGGAAAUGGCUCAGGGUAGAAUAAGAUCAACUCCCUCUUAGAUGAUGCUUUGUCACAGUAACGUAUUGUAGGCAAAUACACUUCGAUCAUUCGCCUCUCAUGGAACGUUCAUGGCUCAAGAGAACAUUUCUGUUCUUCUUGGGAAUAGUUCUGAUGAUUAAGAAAACUGUGAAUAUCAUGGAUUUUUUAAUUAUGGUGAUUGGUCGAUCAUGAAGUUACGUGCCAAUCCUCUGUAUUCCUUGCAUUUCUUGGCUGAGGUUGGAAUUAUGUUUGGUACGGCCCAC